CGAUCACGUCGUAUAAGAGAAGAAGAUCGAUAGACGGAUGGAUGGAGGAGGGAUCGAGGGAGAUCGAGAGAGAGGUAAGUGAUGGCGUUGGAGUGGGAGUGGAACUCGAUAUGGCAGUUGUUUGCGACGCUGGUGUUCCUCCGGACGGCGUACAGGGACUUCCUUCCCCCGGAGCUCCACCACUUCGUCGGCUUCCUCCUCCGUGGCCUCAUGACCCGCUUCAACGCCGACAUCAAGAUCAUCGUCGAUGAGUACGACGGCUCCUGCAGCAAUGAACUCUACAGCGCCGCCCAGGCUUACCUCGGCAGCCACUGCCUCGACGACGCCCGCGUCGUCCGUCUCUCCAAGCGCCACGACUGCCCCCUCCCCACCGCCUCCCUCCCCUCCUACCACACCACCCACGACUCCUUCCAAGGCAUUCCCCUCCAGUGGAGCUCCGUCGUGGAGCGCGCCUCUGCGUCCUCCUCUUCCCCCUUCCGCAGCAGCUCCCUCUCUUCGGACCACCGCUACCUCGAGCUCUCCUUCCACAGCCGCCACCGCGAGGCCGUCCGCUCCCAGUACAUCCCCCACGUCCUCGCGGAGGCCGAGCGCAUCCGCCUCCGGGCCCGGGAGCGCCGCCUCUACACCAACCGCUCUGUCGUCUUCGGCGACGACCACCGUAACCCCUGGUCCCCCGCGCCCUUCUCCCACCCCUCCACCUUCGACACCCUCGCCAUCGACCCGGUUCUCCGCGACGAGAUCCGCGACGACCUCCUCCGGUUCGUCAGCCGCCGGAACUAUUACUCCCGCGUCGGCCGCGCCUGGAAGCGGGGCUACUUCCUCUACGGUCCGCCCGGGACGGGCAAGACCAGCCUCGUCGCCGCCAUCGCCAACCUGCUCGAGUUCGACGUGUACGACCUAGAGCUCACCGCCGUCCACUCCAACACCGCCCUCCGCCGCCUCCUCGUCUCCACCAACCCCAAGUCCGUCGUCGUCAUCGAGGACGUCGACUGCUCCCUCGACCUCAGUGACCGGAAGAAGAAGAAGAAGAAGAAGUCCAAGCCUGAUUCGGAGACCGACGAGCGCGAGAUGGACCCCUCGGAAGGCGGGGUCGGCAGUUGGACGUCGUCGGUGAACCUCUCCGGCGUGCUAAACUUCGUGGACGGCCUGUGGUCGUCAUGCGUGGGGGAGCGGCUCAUGAUCUUCACCACCAACCACCCGGAGCGGCUCGACCCAGCCCUGCUCCGGCCGGGCCGGAUGGACCGGAAGAUCCACCUCUCCUACUGCUGCCCGGCAGCCUUCCGGAUGCUGGCAAGCAACUACCUGGAGAUCGGGGAGGAGCACGAGCUGAUGGCGGAGGCGGAGGCGCUGCUAGGGGAGGUCGACAUGACCCCCGCGGAGAUCGCGGAGGUGUUCAUGCGGUGCGACGGAGAGGGGAAGGGCGCGGACGCAGCGAUGGAGAAGGUGAUAGGGGAGAUGCGGCAGCGGCGGAAGGCGGCGGCGGCUUCUCCUCCGGAGCGCGGGCCCGCUGCGUUGGGUAUGGAGAAUGGGUUCCUCAUCGGAUGCGACGACGAUGCGCACUAGUUUGACCGUGAAAUUUGGUCAAAAGAAAUCUACUGGCCCGCUAUGACCGUAUUGAGUCGGCUCAAAAGUGCUCCCGUCGUGUUGGCCUGCUAUUAAUAGCUAUAUCAAUAAAAUCCGUGGAUGCUAAGUUUCCUAUCA